GGCUCUUCUCCUCACUCCUCACUUACAGCCGCCAAAAAUAAAAAAGUCCAACAAAACCUUUCUAAACAGACCGGUCUCCAAAUGGGAACGGCUGACUACACAUUUCCUCAAGGAGCGGAGGAGACGCACCGUCGCCACCACACGGUGGAGGCUCCGGAGCCUCAGCCGUUCAUGAAGUCACUUCAGUACUCAGUGAAGGAGACUCUGUUUCCAGACGAUCCUUUCAGACAAUUCAAGAACCAGAACGCAUCAAGAAAAGUUGUACUAGGCCUCCAAUACUUCUUCCCAAUUUGUGAAUGGGCUCCACGCUACAAUCUCAAGUUAUUCAAGUCAGAUCUCAUAGCCGGAAUCACCAUCGCUAGCCUAGCCAUCCCACAGGGCAUUAGUUACGCUAAACUCGCCAACUUGCCUCCUAUUCUUGGCCUUUACUCAAGUUUUGUUCCACCGUUGGUGUACGCGGUGAUGGGGAGUUCAAGGGAUUUGGGGGUGGGGACGACGGCGGUUGGGUCUUUGUUGACAGGUGCCAUGCUUAGCAAAGAAGUUAGUGCUGAGAAAGAUCCUAAGCUCUACCUUCAUCUUGCUUUCACUGCCACGUUUUUUGCAGGCGUUCUCGAAGCCUCCCUCGGCAUUUUCAGGUUAGGGUUCAUAGUGGAUUUUCUAUCGCAUGCAACGAUAGUGGGAUUCAUGGGAGGAGCAGCGACGGUGGUGAGCCUGCAACAGCUUAAGGGUAUAUUUGGACUUAAGCAUUUCACAGAAGCCACUGAUAUUAUCUCCGUCAUGCGUUCAGUCUUCUCCCAAACUCACCAGUGGAGAUGGGAGAGUGGCGUUCUCGGCUGUGGUUUCCUUUUCUUCCUUCUUUCCACCAGAUAUUUCAGCACGAAGAAACCAAAAUUCUUUUGGGUGGCGGCAAUGGCUCCUUUGACCUCAGUGAUUCUUGGAAGCCUCUUGGUUUACUUCGCUCACGCUGAGAGACAUGGUGUUCAAGUGAUAGGGAACCUGAAGAAAGGGUUGAAUCCACUCUCCGUGUCUGAUAUGGUCUUUACUUCGCCUUACAUGUCUACGGCUGUUAAAACUGGCUUCAUCACUGGGAUCAUAGGUCUCGCUGAAGGAAUUGCUGUGGGAAGGAGCUUUGCUAUGUAUAAGAACUACAACAUAGACGGGAACAAAGAAAUGCUCGCUUUUGGAGUGAUGAACAUCGUUGGUUCCCUCACAUCUUGUUACCUCACAACCGGACCGUUUUCGAGAUCGGCCGUGAAUUUCAACGCCGGUUGCAAGACUGUGGUGUCGAACAUAGUGAUGGCAAUUGGGGUUAUGUUCACAUUGCUCUUCCUUACGCCACUUUUCCACUACACACCACUCGUCGUCCUCUCCUCCAUCAUCAUAUCCGCAAUGCUUGGACUCAUCGAUUACCAAGCUGCUAUUCAUCUCUGGAAUGUCGACAAAUUCGACUUCCUUGUCUGCAUGAGCGCUUACUUUGGUGUCGUAUUCGGCAGUGUCGAGAUCGGACUUGUUGUAGCAGUGGUGAUAUCGAUAGCAAGGUUGUUGCUAUUCGUGUCGAGACCGAGGACUGCGUUGAAGGGAAACAUACCAAACAGCAUGAUCUAUAGAAACACCGAGCAGUAUCCGUAUUCAAGAACCAUUCCUGGUCUUCUAAUCUUGGAGAUUGAUUCUCCCAUCUACUUUGCCAACGCUGGUUACUUGCGUGAGAGAAUCACAAGGUGGAUCAAUGAAGAAGAAGAGAGGGUCAAAACAUCAGGAGAAAACAGUUUACAAUAUGUUAUACUCGAUAUGUCCGCUGUCGGUAAUAUCGACACGAGUGGUAUAAGCAUGAUGGAGGAAAUUAAGAAAAUCAUUGACCGAAAAGAGUUAAAGUUAGUAUUGGCAAAUCCAAAAGGAGAGGUCGUGAAGAAACUGACCAGAUCCAAAUUUAUCGACAACUUGGGAAAAGAAUGGAUGUUCUUAACGGUUGCAGAAGCUGUGGAGGCUUGUAGUUUCAUGCUUCACACUUUAAAAACGCAAGCCGCCUCCAAAGGAGAGCCUUGGAACAACGUCUAGUUCCUUUUUUUUUUUUUUUCGUUUAAGCGUUUGUGACUACUCGUUAUCAAAUAGCAUUAUGUAAUCACAAAUUUCAGGGAAAAAAAAUCUCAAAUAUCAGAAAAAAGGCAAAAGAAAAAUGCAUUUUGUAUAAUAUUUGAUUAUUGAUGAUGAAGUCAUAUUCAAUAUGUACUCUUUAGUUUUCUCCUGAAGUUAAUCUUGAGAUUUUAUGGAAUAAUCGGUUUGGUUUGA